AUGAUGCUUUAUGGGCUUAUGGACACAUUCUUAACACACCAAUUGGCACACCCCUACAAGCUUGUGUAUGGCAAAUCAUGCCACUUCCCAGUUGAGUUAGAGCAUAAAGUGGCCAUCAAGCUUUUGAAAUUUGAUCUCAAGUCAUCCGGGGAAAGAAGACUUUCGGAUGUUCAUGAGCUCGAAGAGCUUAGGCGGGAUGCCUAUGAAAAUGCUAGGAUUUACAAGGAGAGAACUAAGGCAUGGCAUGAUGGAAGGAUAAUGAAGAGAGAGUUCAAGGUAGGAGACAAGGUCCUUCUCUUCAACUCUAGGCUAAGACUCUUUCCGGGGAAACUUAAGUCUAGGUGGAGUGGACCGUUUGAAGUAAAAACGGUGUUCCUGCAUGGAGCGGUGGAAGUGUGGAGUGAAGAAAAAGGGACGUUCAAAGUAAAUGGGCAAAGACUCAAGGUAUACCACGAUGGAACCCAAAUUGAGCACAUUUAUCACAUUGCUUUGGAUGACUACCCCCUUUCCCUAUGA